GUAACACUGCCCAGGAAACAGAAAUGAGAAGUUGAAACUGGUCGCAAGGGAGUCAGAAAGAAGGCACUUUGAAGUAGUAGCCUCCACAUCGACACAUAACGAAAAGUAACCAGCAAUGGAAGUGGAUUACGUUGAAUAUGACGAUUACACUCCAGACAAUGGAACUGAAAACAACUCAACCACAGCUGGACUACUGAAUCUCAGUACUUCUCGGACUCCUUUGACUCAUGUUCUGGUGGCAGUCAAUAUCUUUAUUUCCCUUAUUGGCCUUGGAGGAAAUUCAUUAGUGAUCUGGAUCUGUGGAUGGAAAAUGAAAAGAACGGUCAUCACCACCUGGUACAUCAGUUUGGCCAUUUCAGACCUUUUGUUCUGUGUCUUUUUGCCCCUGGAAGUAUUCUACAUGAUAACCUCGCACUGGCCUUUCGGACUGGUGUUAUGCAAGCUCACCUCCUCCGCCCUGUUUCUCAACAUGUACAGCAGUGUGUUUCUGUUGGUUUUGAUCAGCACUGAUCGUUGUAUAAUGAUUUCCUUUCCCGUGUGGUCACAUAACCACCGGACAGUGCGGAAAGCCUUUGGGGUCGUUGUUCUCAUGUGGUUUCUUUCUGCAAUCCUAACGCUGCCCUCGCUGAUCUUCAGAGAAAUCACAGUCCAUGGCUCAGUCACUCAGUGCUACACGGAUUACUCGACCCAUUCCAGACACAAGGUUGUGGUACUGACUCGCUUCAUCUUCGGGUUCCUGAUUCCUUUCCUAAUGAUUGUCUUCUGCUGCUCUGUGAUUGUUGUGAAAAUGAGAAAUUUGACCAUCAAAUCAAAAAAGCCUUACAAAGUCAUGGUGGCGCUCAUCUUGUCAUUUUUCUUCUGCUGGGUCCCCUAUCAUAGCUUUGUUCUUUUAGAGUUAGACUUUAGUAACCACAGCCUGGAAGUGCUUAAAACUGGCCUGAAAGUGGGGGCCACCCUGGCUGCGGCAAACAGCUUCUUAUCUCCAGUUCUCUAUGUGUUUAUUGGAAAUGACUUCAAACAAACCCUGAAGCGCUCUGUGACAUCAAGGAUAGAGGAGGCAAUGGCGGAAGAUUUUCGUACAGGUGGUCUCAACCACUCAAGGUCUAAGUCAAUGGAAGUGAUCUAAAAUCAAAAGGAAACCUUUAUCAUCAAUGAGUAUUUCAUAGUACAGAACAUGAUUGUAGAGCUGGGUGACAUUGACAAAAUGAUACGUCAUGGCACAUUUAACUUCGGCUGUGUAUAGGCUGCAUAAACAUGUAUCAAUGAUUUAUUUAUCAUGAUGAUAAAACCGAACCAGCUUUUGAUUGGCUAAUAAUAUUCAUUCCAGUGUCUUUCAACUUUUUAAAAAAUCUGUAUUGUCUCUAUUUUUUUUUAUCUUAUCUUUAUUUAUAUUUUUCUACACUUGAUUGUGAUUCUUAUGUGCCAAUAUAUCAAAUUCCUCAUAUUUGAAAACUUACUUUGCAAUAAACUUGACUCUGAUUCUGA